UGUGCUGUGGCUUCUCAGCGAAAGAGGAAAUCCCAGCGUGUGAUUGAAGUUUACCAUCUGCUCUUUUAACAACUGGUUCCUGGUACAGUGCACUUGUUGCUUUACAACCAACGACUGGUAAUAACUGGCUCAUGCUAGGAAAAGAGACUUUUCUAGUUUUUUAUUAUUAUUAUUAUUAUUCAGAGUGAUGUCAAAUUUGUAUCGUUGAUAGUAGCUCACUCCAGUGGAUGAAUCAUUUUGAAUCACAGACAUGGACAAGUCGCAAGUGGAUCAGCCACUGUCUCCAAACAGCAGGAGAAGUUUCAGUUUCUCAUCUCUCCGUAUCAAAAAAAGACACAACAGUAAUGACGAAGGUGUGUCCAUGCGGAGGAGAGGGCUGAGGUCAUUUUCAUCAUACCGGGAAACAUCAAUACAAGAUCGUGACCUCUCCCAAGGGUUUAUUGAUACUGGCGACCAGAUAAAGACAGGUGAGCAGCCCAGAGGAAACCUCAUAUCUGAAGUCGCUGAAAAAAAAAGUUCCAUCCCACCAGGUGAAGAUGAAGUCGGACGACCAGGAGCCCUCAAGAGGUUCAGUGCCAUGUGGUCCUCUUUUCGCAGAGGCAGGAAAGAAAAAGGGAAAGACCCUGAACCUCCUGAACCGUUGGAUCCAAUAGAGCCACAAAACGUAUCUAGGCAGCACCGCUAUGUCAGUGGUCAGUACUUCUUCGAAUACCUAGUGGUGGUCAGCCUCAAGAAGACCAGGGAUGGGAGCAGCUAUGAACCUCAGAUCACCUACCAGUUUCCCAAGAGGGAUACGAUGGCCAGACAUCAGAUAGAGGAGGAAGAGAAGCUGCUGAAAGCAAUCACACUCUUUUCUUUUCCCGAGGGAAUUAACUGGGCUCCUUUGACUGAGUACCACAGUGAGACCUUCUCCUUUGUUCUGACUGGGAUUGAUGGCAGUAGAAAAAAUGGAUACUGCAGGAGGUUACUGCCUGGAGGAAAGGGAGCUCGCCCCCCUGAGGCGUACUGUAUCAUCAGCAGUUUGGCUUGUUUCGGCCUCUUCUCAAAGAUAUUUGACGAGGUGGAAAAGCGGCGGCAGAUCUCUAUGGCCAUGAUCUACCCAUUCAUGCAGAAGCUGCGAGAGGCCCAGUUCCCAGCUCCAGGACACACUGUGGAGAUUAAAAGCUUCAUUCCUGAGUCUGGAACUGAGAUAAUCAGUCUUACUCGUCCACUGGAUUCCUGGUUGGAGCAUGUGAACUUUGCCAUACUCUUUGACUGCCUGACAGAUGAAGAGGUGCUGCUGGUGUUUGCUGCCGCCGUCCUGGAGAGACGAAUCAUCUUUGUUGCAGAUGAACUAGGCACAUUGUCGCAGGUCAUCCAUGCAGUGGCAGCCCUGCUUUACCCCUUCACCUGGCAGCACACCUUCAUCCCCAUUAUUCCAGAGAUCCUGAUUGAUGUAGUGAUGGCGCCCACACCCUACCUGCUGGGAGUCCAGAAACGCCUGCUGCAUCUGGUCUGUGACCAGAGUGAUCUUAUGGUCGACUUAUCGGAGAAAAAAGACAAGACCUUUAUAUUUUCUAUGGGUGGUGAAAGCUCCAUUCUCCCCCCAAAACUUCAAACAGAAAUACUGGAGUCUCUUAGUAAAAGACAAAAUGCUUCAACGGUAGAGGAGCUGAACCGGGUGGUGUCAGAGUCCUUCCUGUACUUCUUUGUGAGAACUGUUGGCCAUUAUGCCCCUUAUGUAAAGUACAGCCAUGGAGCUCAAGGGGUGUUUGAAAAGAGAAGCUUCUACAAGGCCAUUAACUCAAAGACCACACGGCACUUUGUCAAGAAAUUCAUUCAGACGCAGAUGUUUGACCUGUUCAUCCAGGAGGUAGAGAAGCAGCAGCCUGGUCCUCAGCAGGGAAUAUUUUACAGAAAGAUCAUUGAAUACCAGGAGAAGAAGAAAAGGGAAAAGAAAAACAAACACUAACUUUACGUAGGGAUCAGUGGUGUGUGUGUGUAUAUAUAUAGGAGUACAUACUGUAGGAUAUGAUGUGAAUGUUUUACUGUUAUUACGACCUGUCCCAGUUUGCUUUUUAAUUUGUAUGUGAUUACAUGUGCAUCACUGUAUGGUUAACUUGCUGCUACUCUGUGAAACACUGGUAGAUCAAGAGACUUGAGUUCUUCCUCAGCUUGUGUCGAUGGUGAUGCGCAGGGAAAUAUUUUGAAAUAAAGACUAGUGUUUUUUAAUCCCUC